UCCGGUUGUCAAAUUUAAAAAGUGAAAAGCAUUACUUUAUUGAAAAUGCCUUCAUUACGGCCUGAUGCAUGCCCAGGAUUGACAGCUACAGUGGUUGAAAGACUUAAGGAGGCAAAUGUUUCUACUGUGAUUGAAUUUUUGAAUCGAGGUUUGGAAGAGUUAUCAAAAGAUUGUGGCCUUCCUUAUCAGGAGUUGACAGCAAUACGCCGGGUCCUGUUGGCUCAGUACAGUUCAUUUCCAAUGUCUGGUGUUGACAUGUAUGACGAGGCGGUCUCAGCUAGUGCCAUCCUAUCUACGGGUUCACAUGGACUUGAUACUUUAUUGGAUGGAGGGUUGUACACAGGGGAGAUAACAGAGAUGAUUGGUCCUCCUGCUGCUGGGAAGACACAGGUGUGCAUUGCAACAGCAGUGGCAGUUGUCAUGGAGACAGAUCACAAUGUUGUGUAUAUUGACACAGGAGGCUCACUUUGUCCCAGCAGACUUCACCAGGUUAUGCAGUCACAUGACAUUACAGAAGAGAAGUAUGAAGAAAUGUGUCAAAGAAUACAGUGCUUCAAGAUCUUUGAUAUAUUCCAACUCCAGGAAUGCCUCCAGGAACUUCAUCAGAAGAUACUAAACCAGUCAGCACCAUUUCACAGCAACCUAAAGCUGAUCAUUGUUGAUUCCGUAGCUGCAGUGAUUUUGCCCAUAUUAGGAGGUGCCCAGACAGACAGCCAUGGUCACAUGAUUCAUUUGAGUCGCAUUUUGAAGUCAUUGGCUACAGACUGCUCUACAGCUGUUCUGAUUACAAAUAAUACAACUGGGGCCAACAACGAUACAGGACAGGUGCUGCCAUCUUUAGGGAGAUCCUGGCAUCACAUUCCAAAUACAAGGAUCGCAAUUUCCCGAAUGAAUGAAUCUUCAUCAAAGUCAUUCUCAUCAGAGAGCAAGAGUGAAACCAGAAGAGUCUCAUUGGUUAAAAGUUGUAAACAGGUGAUAGGUGGCAGCACCAUGAUUGCAAUAAAAGACACAGGGGUGACUUGACAGAACUUAUAAACGAAAGGAAAUACUGGUAUAUGCAAGAUGAUGUAUGAGCAUAUGUUAGACAUAGGAUGAUACAUAAGGACAUAUGAGGACAUAGGAUGAUGACAUAUGAUGGUGAGGACACAUGACAAUGUGUGGGGACAUUUGAGGAAUACUGACUAGUCCUGUCUAAUCCAUGAAUGAAUAAUGUAGACUAACAUUUAAUUUUCUAAAUACACUUUGAUAAUCAGAUAAUCACAUUGUACAUAUGCGAGUACAUGUAACCAUGUAUCUUCUCCAUUUCAAUUAAAAAACUGAGAAUGAAUAUAAAUGUGCAAUAUGUACUACCAUUUCGAA